UACCAAUGGUGAUAGAAAAGUACAGUUCUGUAUCAUUAUUUUCAAAGAGUGUAUAAUGACAUCAUUUUGUUAUUUUGGGGUUAUUUGUAACGUUUCCCUUUCAAGUAUAGUCUUUCAGUCGUGGCUUGCCCAGAAAUAAAUGUGUGUGUGUGGCCGAAAAAUGUUGCCUUGCGAUGGAGGCUGGUCUUCUCUUCCCUAUACCGAAAGCACAGGAAAAAGGGGGAAAGAGAGAGUGAGAAGGGGAGCCUCAUGCGCCGCCCGUGCGUUUAAAGCCUUGUGAUUAAUUGCACCGAAGUGAAGGACUUGUCAGCUCGUUGUUUUCCCAAUAAAUUAGAGGCUCCUGAGACCUGACGCGCUCAGGUGAGGGAUUGGCACAGACACGGCGACAUAAAAACGCACCUUCUUCACUAACCGCGCCCGGUUUUCAGACUACACAUGGUUUUUUUGCAGCUGGAACGGAACUAUACAUCUCUGUUGGUGCAGCGUAUAGAGAACUUUCUCCAACUGUCUUCAUGUGUACUUUUUCAAGAACACAUUUUUGCUGAAAAUUUGCCUGAAGGUUCGGAAUCAAUAUCUGGUGGAUGGAACUGGAUGCGUAACAAUUAUGGAUGACAGUCCCACAUCCAGCCCGAGCUCUAGCCCGAGUCCUGACGCGCUGAACGCAGACCGCAGACGAGGGCGCGUGCUUUCAGGCGGUGGUCUCGGGACCAGAGGGCGACCAGCAGCAGCCAACGCUGCGCGCGAACGCAGUCGCGUACAAACCCUCAGACACGCGUUUCUGGAGCUCCAGAGGACCCUGCCAUCGGUACCACCCGACACCAAACUGUCCAAACUCGAUGUGCUCAUAUUAGCCACUACAUACAUCGCUCAUCUGACCAAAACCCUGCAGGAAGAGGGCAUGGAAGAAGGAGACGGAUCAAAACGGAGCGAACCGUUAAAUUCACUCAAAGGUGGCGGAUACCUGCAUCCUGUGAAAAAAUGGCCCAUGCGUUCGAGGUUGUAUAUCGGUGCCAGUGGCCAAUUCCUGAGUAACUCAGGCCAGAAUGAAAAUCAAGGAGCCUCAUCAUCCUCAUCUCAGACAUAAUCCUUCUGCACACAAGACUUUCUUUUCAGUAAAAUGAAGGUUUAGAUGAUACGCAGAGCCAAACACGUGGACCACCUCUACUGUAAGCCCUCAUGAUGUGGUUUUCAGCUCUGAACGCUUAAAUCGUCUUCACUCUGCAAAGGAAUUAAAACUAUAAUUUUUUUUUUUUCCAACCAAUUUCAUAUUGAAAUGAGUCCAAAUAGGAACAAAAGACUGCAUGGCGAUUGUGUUGCUGCUUGUUAUACGGCACACUUACAUGUAACCUAAUUAUUUGUCGUUUGUACAUAAUUUGUAUAUAAUCAACAGUGAUUUUUAUGUCGUACUAAAAUAGAUAAGGGGUCUCUGCUCAAAGUUGGGUGUCUUUCAGUUCCAUACUUGGGGGUUUUGUGUAGCUAUGUCGGGAUAAUGAGCUGUCAUGCUUGACUUGUUGGCUAUGCACUUUGAGUUAAAGUAUUUGCACUAAACGCAUGUGUGAAUAACGUAACAUUUGUCAUGUGAAGAGGUCUGUCAGGAUCACAACAAUGGUUGGACUAAAGUCUAGCAAAAUCCCUGCUCUUUCCUUUUGUCGGUGUAUUUGUGGACUGUAAAUAAAAAAGACCCAUAAUUUAAAACUACCUGCCACUUUCAGAUUAUGAUAUUAGCGACAACUAUUCAAUUAUAUUGUAUUGUAUGAUUCAUAUGUUUUCAGUUUGAAACCAAGGCCUGGAUGAUGUCAUGAUUACACAAAUUCUGUUUUGGAAAUUCGUUAAAAACAGGAAACGCAUUUACAUAGUAUAUUAUUGUGUUUUUUGUCUUAGUAAUUUAUAUAGUUCAUUAAAUGAAAUAAAA